AUGGCUAAAGGUCAUGGUUCGGAAGGAUCCACGCACCAACCAAAGACACAACCCGAACCAUCAAAACCGAAGGCCUCCAAACAUGAUAAAUUCUCAAAGCGCACCGAAUCCUCAUCCGAGGAAGAACCAGAAAAGUCCUCUAAAAAGCGCAAGGCAGGAAGUUUGGAAGCUGCCCAGAAGAAGAAGUUAAAGAAACACAAAUCUAAACGAUCUAAGAGUUCGGACGAGAAGGAUCCCACCGAAGUCUCUGAAGGUCGCAAGACUGAAGGGAAGCAAGCCGAAUCCUCCCAUGUAGAAGAGGUGAAGGCAUCAAAAGAGGUCACUAAGAAGAGGAAGGCCAAACAGCUUAAACGUCCGAAAAAGAAGCAAAUGACUGAUCAAGUUGACGAAGGAGAAGUGGAACAUGAAACCCGAUCAACUGCUGUCUUACCAGCAGAAGAGGAACCGAGGGAAGCUCAACUUGAAGAAUGUCACCGAGUUCUUCCUCCUCCUCUUGAUCUUUCCAGGGAAGAUACUGAUGAGGAAGAUCAAAUGCCUCUUACUAGGCUAUUGAAACCGACAACCCCUCAAAUCGAAUCACCCUCUGUACCAUCUGUCUUGGAGUCCUUACCACCUCCCGAGCCUUUGGUUACUGAACCUGAAAGUCCCAUUGCUCCCAUGCCCAGAACACAACAGCUGGUAAUCACUUUGCCACGUGAAAGAAAUGAGUCAGGCUUCGAAUCCACCAUGAUAGAAGAUGAAUCUGAGGGAGAUGAUACUGAAGUCUGUGAUCAAUCCUAUCGACCAAUGUCUGCGAUAGUUCAACGACAAAUCACAGAACAUUUGUCUCCUUCCAUGGCCCAUAUAAUGCUCGCUCUUGACUACAUUCAUCGACACCUCUUUUUGCAAUGGCCGCGUGUGUCAACUAUUCGGAUUGAAGAAAUUCCACCUGCAACAACCGAAUCUGAAAUUCCUGAAUCAGCCCAGCAACUUAUCCUCCAUCCUGAUUCCAUUACUCAACAGAUUAAUGCCGAUGCAGCCUUGGCUCAACAGUUGGCAUAUGAGGAAUCUGAGGCUGAAAUACCUCCUGCCGAAGCAUUCAUUGCUGAAUCUUCUCACGAGGACAUUUUGAGACAAGAACUCGCUCGAGUUUAUAACUGGCAGAGGUGGCAAAUGUCGAGUCUUCGAGUUAUUGCAAGUACAAUCAGCGAAAUGGCCGAAGAGGAAGAAUGGGCGCUGGACUGGAUGGGCACACGAUCUAUUUUUGACGCCACCAGACCCGAUGAAAUAGAAAGAGUUUUUGCUGAAAAACUACAAGGACGAACUACUCGGUUUGGCAAGACUGUGGUUUUGAAUGUUGGCUACCGAACUCCUCGGGAACGCCUUAUGCUAGAAGACAUGCAGAUUGCCAAAAUCCACAACAUCUCUCGAGCGCAAACAGAGAUAAGAGAUCUUAAACCAGAUGUUGGGCCGAGUCGUCAACAAGAUGAAGAUGAUGCUGAGGAUUCAGAUUCUAAUCAAAAUCAAGGAUGCCGUGAUCAACAUCAUAAGAAGGAUGAUGAUGAUGAUGACAACGAUGAUCCAUCUGGAAGUCAUGCUCCCUCUUCCCGAGCUGUAAACCUUCCCAACACAAGAGUUCAUACAACUUGUGCCAAUGAUGAAUCUAAUCAGAACCAUACCGAUGAGCCGAGGUCUGCUCCCACCGAAUCCAUGGAAGCACAAAUCCUGCUAAGUCCUAGUUCAGCCCGAGAUGAAACAAUGGAAGCAUCUCGAGGUGCGAAUCAUGAUGGCUUGCAGAUACUUGAUGAAACAAUGGUUACAUCAGAUCUUAAUUUGGUUGAUGUUGAGGUAGAAGUCUUUCCUGACUACACUUCGGAUGGAAACCUGGAAGCAUCUAAAAGUGCAAGUCCCGAAAACUUACCCUCUCCAAUCGACGACUUAAAUCUUGCAGAAAGCCAAGAACUCGUCUUAGUUGAAGGUGAAAACAUGGAAGCACCUUCCAAGGACAGUCAUGGUCCAUCUGCUGACUCAUCCAAGUGCUCGGAUUCUUCUGAGGUAAUCCUUGAUACCUCUUCUGCUUUCACUUCUCUGUUGAAUGCUAUACAGGGAUUAGCGAGGACUCAAGAUUCACAGUUUAAAUCUCUUAAUGAGUCCAUCACCAAAAUCAAGAAGGAUGUAAGAAGGCAGAAAAAGAAGUCCUCAAAAUCUACCAUUGAUGAAAGACUUACUGCUCUUGAGAAGAAGAUAGAUACUGCUUUCUCUGAGAAUCUCAUUUCUCUUGGAUCCUUGAAGGACUCGGUAACUGAAAUCAAGAAAAUACAGCGUGAUCUGGUUACAAAGCAUGCCUUCAUUAAGGAACGUCUUGACUUAUCCUACUCAAAGCUUGAAACUGUCUCCGAAAGCCAAAAUGCAACAGCAUCUCUCGUCUGUGAAUUUGAAUGGACUCUUAAAGAAUUGCAAGUUUGCAUAAAUCGUUUGAGUAACAAGGUUGAUAUUCUCAUCGAAGUCAAUGAUGCCAACAAGGGGGAAGAGAUGAAAGGAACGCCCCUGAACACUUGCAAAGGAAAGGAAAUUGUCCUAAGGAAUGAUGAUCAGGACAAUGAUGAUAUUUCACGACAAAGGAAGGCCAUCCUGAAUCUUAGAAAAACUCCAUCUCUUUCACCAUCUCCGAAGAGAACGCAAGAUAAACCUACAAGUGGUGAACCGAGUUCUAAAAGGCAAAAGAAACAAGGCAAAGAACCGAAGCCAAUGAAUCGAAGAGUAAAUGGAGAACCUAUCGAGUAUGUUCCAUACAAAGAAGGAUCUGGAAAGAAAUGGGAAGAAUGCAACAUUCCGCCUUUUUGGAACAAAAAGCAACCCAUGGACAGGAUGAAUUUCUUAAGAGAUCACAAUGAAAGAAUCUUUAAACAAAGGAAGAGAGACGAAGAGAUCUUCCGAAUUCAGUAG